AUGAGUAUGUUAUUGUACUUAUCUAGGUUUUUUCUAUGCUGGUUACAAUUAUUUUUAGUUAGGAGCAAAAGAGUGGUAGUAUUAUAUGACCAUGUGCAUAUAAUAAGUCCCAUGAGAAAGGAGAUAUUACAUAUAACGAAGAAGCACAAAUUGAUAAGAAAAUUGAAUUUUAUUUUUCCAAAAAAAGAAAAGAAUAGAUAUGAAAUGAAAAAUUUAGAAAAUAUUCCUUUAUAUGUAGUAACUAAUGAGUUUGAUGAGGUUAUUUUAUCGUUUAACUGGGACUAUGGCAGUGAUGAAAUAACGAAAAGCCAAAAGAAGGAGAGUGAUGCUUACCACUGCAGUGACGAACAGGGGGUCAACUACAACGGGGGUGGCAGUAGUAGCAGCAAUAGCAGCAAUAGCAGCAGUAGCAGCAGUAACAACUUUCAGUAUGAUGUAGUUUGCCCGGAAAAGGAGAACAGUGAUCUGCUAUUUCCAGUUGUCAAAUAUAACGAAAAGAGCAGGGAAGAGAUAAAUUUAAAUAAAAUACACAACAACAAUUGCGUGGGGAUUUUUUUUUUUGACGUAAAAACCGCGGAAGCGUACAGAGAUGACAUUGUACAUUUAUUCAAUAAAAAUUUAAAAGAAAAAAAAAAGAAUAAAUUAUUUUUUGGGUCAAAAAUUAAACCGACUAAUUUAGAAUAUUUCCAGAAAAUAAAAAACAGCUAUAAUUUAAAAAUCGACUUUAUUCUAAUACCACAUUAUAAUGAAUUACAAAAUAUUUUGAAAAAUAAGAAAGUGUUUUAUGGUACACCCAUAUAUUAUAUUAACAAGAUAAGGUUGUAUAAGUCUCCUAUAAAAAAAUAUUUUUAUCAAUUUUUUUUUCACAAAAAUUUAAAAAAUGAUGUCAAAGUCAAAGUUGAACUAUAUCCAAAUGUUUUUAUCACCUGCACUAUUGAAGAUGGUAAUGAUGUUACUGGAGAAGGAGAUGAUAAAGUAAUUACAGAAAAUGGUAGUACCACCAAUGAUAGUACUAUAAAAGAAAAAAAAAAAAAAAAAGAGAGAGAGGGGAAAGAAAAAAAAAAUGAUCCCUUCUUAAUUAUACAACUAGAAACAAGUGAUAAAAAAAAAUAUGUGCCUAUUUUUUUUUCAUACGAUCAAGCAUAUAAUUUUUAUAAAAUUUUUUUAAAAUAUUAUAAAAACCAUUUCUUCGAAUAUUGUCUGCCAAAACCAGAUAUUAUUUUAAAUUCUUUUGAAAAUUUACAAUACCUAUUAAAGAUGGCAAAUGAUAAAAAAUUAAAACAAUAUCAUAACAUUUUUUUUGUUCCAAUGAGCACCUCCUAUAAUGACAAUAUUUAUUCUAAUCAAAUGAAUGUUUUCCUUUUUUACUUGAAAAAAAUUUUUCAAAAAAUUAAUUAUGACUUGUUCAGGUCGUUCAGGAAAAAUCUCAACUACUUGAUAGAGGAUUAUUUGUACGAGUGA